CCUUCACUACUACCAGUCAUGACAUCACUUCCGGACUAGCUGAUGAUAUGACUUUCGCCCUCAUCUCAAUGUUCUCAACCUUCCUAACUCAUCUCCAGAAUAAACACGAUUCCCUACACUCCCCUUGGCCGUUUCAUUAUGCUGCGCCCCUUCGACCGCACUCGUAAACCCCCAAGCUCACGCUCUACCUCCACCAACACGAUCCCCUCUUCCGCACACAACAAUGUCUCCGCGAACGUCGAAAAGGGCAACCCAAACGCCGAAGCCCCAGCACCCGUUGGAUUCUGGCACCCGUCGCUCGCCCGCGUGCGUUUCUGCGCAAUGAAGAAAUGGGCCAUCGUCACGUUAAUUCUCAUGAUGUUUAUAUUGGGCGUGCUAUCGCUGUACUGGGCCGUGCUGUUCCAUGUACCGCAGAACCUGCAUGCUUUGAAGGUAUAUGUCGUUGAUUUUGACGCGCCGGGUAACGGGGAGCGUGCGAUUGUUGGGCCAGGCGUGGUAGAGGUUGUGAUGAGGCAGCUUGAGCGACCGAGUCACCUGGGAUUCGAAAUGCGUGAUCCAGCGGAGUUUAGGUAUGACAUCUUGCGUGUGCGCGAGGCCGUGUAUGAGUGGGAUGCGUGGGCGGCAAUUGUUGUGAACCCUAACGCGACUGAGGCGCUCUAUAAUGCUGUGCGGAGUGGAGACUCAACGUACGAUCCGAUGGGCGUGGCACAGAUCGUGUAUCAGAGUGCGCGAGACCAGAGCGUGUGGCAGAGCUACAUCUCGCCUGUUAUAGAUAAGGUUGUGAGCGAGGCGACGAGUGCAGUUGGCAUGGGAUGGGCGGGAAUUGUUUUGGGCAAUGCGAGUCUGAUGGACAACGCGGCAAGCGUUCCUCAGGCGCUCAGUCCUGCGAUUGGAUUUUCGAGAUUCGAUCUAAGACCAUUUACACCGGAGGUCGCAAUUCCAGCUGUGAGCAUUGGACUGAUAUAUCUCAUCAUCCUCUCGUUCUUCUCGUUUCCGUUUUACAUGCCUAUCCACAUGCAAUACCUCAACCCUCAGGGCCACCCUCCGCUUAAGGUCCAUCAACUUAUCAUUUGGCGUUGGUGUGCGACCGUUUUGGCGUAUCUUUUCCUCUCGCUGGCCUACUCUCUUGUCUCCAUGGCAUUCCAGAUCAACUUUUACGAAUCUCCGUCGACACCAUUUAAUCCAUUGGACAUACCUGGAAUCGAAAUGGGUAAUGCUGCGUCGUAUGAUCGUGGGACGUUUUUGGUAUACUGGAUGUUAAACUUCAUUGGCAUGAUCGCUCUCGGCCUCGCAUGCGAGAACGUUGCAAUGAUGAUCGGACAACCGUGGACUGGUCUAUGGCUCAUCUUCUGGGUGAUCACAAACGUAUGUACAUCUUUUUACGAUCUAUCAUUGGCGCCCCGAUUCUUCCAUUGGGGUUAUGCAUGGCCGCUGCACAACAUCGUGGAAGGAAGUAGACAGAUCUUGUUUGACUUGCACAGUCGCUUAGGCCUGAAUUUUGGGGUACUCAUUGCCUGGGGAGCAAUCAACACUGCGCUUUUUCCAUUCUGCUGUUGGUUCCAAGGAUGGAAAACAAGAAGGGGCGUACAUGAGUACUUUCCGCUUCAUGGAAACUAGUUUCAUAUUGGGCGAAUCUCAACAAUGUGUCAACCUAGGAUGACAUUGCCACGUUCAUCGACGAGCCUUGAAUUUCUCGUGCCAUUUGCCGCUCUUGGAAUUGACUGUGCGAUCUGCAAUAUGGCUUUUGACGGCGAUUAACCGUGGGUUAGGUUGUGUGUAGAAGCCCUGUCAAAGUGACAGUUAGAGUCAACCAGGUGCCUAGGGUAUGGAUACACACCUUGAUAGCGUCUAUCUUGACAUCCUGUUCCCA